GUGACCAGAAGAAGGAGAGCUGCUGCGAUCUUCGCUUUUCUGUCCUCAAUACUGCCGCGACUCGACGUUUUGCCUCGGCCUUCAACGCGAAGAGGGUGAAACCACGUCUCAAGUCCAUUCAUCGUAAUUCAGGCGACUUCAACAACUGCAAAGUUACCAGCACGCACGGAGUUGAAAUCUUACAAUUGAUAACCGCACAGGGUCUCGUUUGAUGCUUGCGCCUACGGGACCCGAGGCCGCGUGGGGCGUAACGGUCACGGAUUGAAGUGUGAAAACAAAGAGCCCGCGUUCAAAGCGGGGAGACCGAAAGUGUCUUCAUAGGAACCAUGGCUAGCCACGUUGAAAACAAUCUCCGCUGUCCGACCUGUUGCGAGAGGUUUAAAGAUCCCGUCAUGCUGCCGUGCAGUCACAGCUUCUGUCGCUCGUGUGUGGAGCAGUGCUGGGAGGAGAAAGGCGUUCGAUAUUGUCCAGUCUGUAGGAAAAGGUGUAGAUUGAUCGAUGUACCGUCAAACUUGUCACUGAAGAAUGUGUGCGAGGCCUAUUCACAAGCCUUUGCGGAGUCAGAGGACAUCUGCAAGUUGCACAAGGAGAAACUGAAACUCUUCUGCUUGGACCACCAGGAGUCUGUGUGCAUCAUCUGCAGAGAGUCAAACAUCCACUCUGGCCACAAGUUCAGUCCCCUCGAUGAAGCUACGCAAGGUCACAGAGAGAAGCUCCAUCAAGACCUGCAGAACGUUAAGAUAAGACUGGAAGAAUAUAAUAAGAUUAGAGAACACUACAGUGAACACGCAGUGUACAUCAAGGUCCAGCGGGACCAGGUUGAACUCAAGAUUAAGAAGAAUUUUGAGGAGCUUCAUUCCUUCCUGCAGGUUGAGGAGAUGGCCAGAUUGUGUGCUGUGAGGGUUGAAGAGCGGAAGAAGAGUAAGCUGAUAAGGGAGAGGAUCGAGGCUCUCAGCAGAGACCUGGCCGUGCUCUCGGAUGUGAUAAGAACUACAGAGGAGCAGCUGGCAUCUGACCACGUUUUCUUCAUGAAGAACUACAAGGCUGCAAACAUCAAAAUCCAAGAGCUGCCCAAGGAGCACAAGGUAAUGCAAGAAGCUCUGCUGAACGAAGUCCAACAUGUGGGCAAUCUCAAGUUCACCGUGUGGGAGCGAAUGAAGGAGACGGUCUCCUACAGUUCCGUGAUUCUGGACCCAAACACGGCCGGUCCAGAACUCAGUCUGUCAGCAGAUCUGACAAGUGUGAGUUUUAAAGUUGGACAGCAGCGUCCGAAGAAUCCAGAGAGGUUUAAGUGGAACGGUGUGCGCAGUUCUGCCUUGGCCCCCGGAACGCACACCUGGGAUGUUGAUGUGGGAGACAACACAAACUGGGAACUCGGGUUAGCGUGGGAGGACUCUGGCUUGCCAGGUAUCAUGCACAUAUCCAGCAUUGGAUUUCGGGAUGAGAAAUACAAAAUGUUUUCGCAAUCAUAUGGCUCCUGGAAGCCGCCAGUGAAACUUAAGAGAAUCCGAGUUCACGUGGACACGAAAGAAAAAUCGCUUUCGUUCUCUGAAUCGCUCACAAACACGACAUUAUACACAGCGAAGAACGCUUCCUAUCUGUCACACUUUUUUGGUAACAGUCAAAUGUAUCCUUUCUUUUACACAAGGGAUAAAAGUCCUCUGAAAGUAAUACCACUUACACCUCAUUUUAUAUUCGGGCAUAGUCUUAGUCAUUUGAGACAUUUUUCUCCCACAGUUGUUUUACAUAGAGCCACCCUCGGUAACUAAAAGUUGAAAGAUUGUCAUUUAACUAACCGAUUGUUGUGCGCGCGCGUUAAUGGUCACCACUAGGUGUCACCAACGUCCCAUCUCAAAUAAUUGUACUUUGUGCUUGUAUCUGAAGUACACUUUGAAAUAAAAGAUUUGUAGUUCUACCAAGCUUCGGUGCAAAUUAGUGUUGUGCUCGAGACCGCGUUAUCCGAGACCAAGACUUGGCUGAGACCGGAACCCGCCGAGACCGACGCUUGUGGGAGUUGAGGCCGAGUCUGUGACUAGACCGAGAAGGAUUGUAAAAGACCGUGGCAAGGCAAGCUUGAACAGUCAAACAGCAUUCCUUCCUUCAUUUUCCGUACCGAGGAUCACCGCGAGAGGCAAACGAGCGUGGCGAGCUGUCGGCGGCCAACUGUUUCGCGAUGCCGACGUCACGCCCUGGCUUGGCUCUCCGAGACGAGCGCUUCUUCUGAUCUGUUGUCAUUGAUCGUCAAAAGCGUAUUGUAUUUUGUUUCAUUCCUUCCACUUUUGCUUAGACUAACAAACAAAAAAACGGAAUCACGCGUGCCACCAGCAUGAAUUCUCACUCCUAUCGGUCUGUUUUCCCGCUCUGCUUGUUUCCACACACGCGUCACUCAAAUCGAUUCUUGCGCACUACAAACCACCGCACACCAUCUUAUCCCCUGGUCACUAUUGUGUUCUCUAUGUUCAGCGUUUGUUUUCGCGACCCUUCUGUGUACCCGGACUUUGCUCUACUUAAAUGUAUCACCCUCUCUAAAUAACAUUUGUCAACGCAAUAAGAAAAAAAAUCUCCUGAAAACUGUCAAAAAAAACCAACAAAGAAUGCAUCGUACCCAAACUGUUUAAAAUGACUAUCCACGCGCCCACUAUAUGUCACACGUAAACUUUUGUGUCAUGGAAUGUCAAUGGCAUUCGAUCGCGGGCAAAAAGAAUUAAGGUCAUGGAUUAGAAAAACAGAGAAAACGCACCUUUAUUGAGUCAGAAGGAAAAGGCCUCAUUGACUCCGAUUUCACUCAGGCUGUCUCGGCCUUUUAUAACAGUAGACAAAGACGAGUCUCCGUACGAGUUCAUAAAAGCCGACUUUUUGCAAGAAAUAGUACCAGUAGCACAUCCAGAAGGCUGCUGCAUCAUGAUGCAGGCGACACUAUUGAACAAACUUUACACAAUCGUCAAAGUAUACGCGUCUAAUAAAGACGAUCCAGCUUCUCCCCCCCACGCCCCCACGCUCUUUUCAUUCGCACUCACAUUCACGCCUACGGGCAAUUUAGAGUCGCCAAUUAACCUACCACGCAUGUUUUUGGGAUGUGGGAGGAAACCGGUGUGCCCGGAGAAAACCCACACAGGCACGGGGAGAACAUGCACACGCCACAAAGGCGGCGAUCCUCAGAACUGUGAGGCUAACCCUCAAAAUAUUUGGUUAAAAGCUUAUUAAAGGGCUGUAAUUCUUGCAAGCAAUAUUACAGUCACACAAAGCCUUUUGUGUGUCAUAAACUAGUUUUGAAGAUUCCAUUUUCUUGCGAGAAUUUCAUCAUACCUGGGGUACUCGGUAUCUGCCAAUUCGUCGUUGCCGUGCCGAACUCUUAAUGCCUCGGCGUCGAUGACGCGCUUCGAUCGAUGCAAGGUGGCUGUGGAGCAGAGCCGACAAUUCCCCUGCAAUAACGUAAAAACUGAAUUUCCUCGAAUACACUUCAAAUGCAAAUGUAUUUUAUGAAAAAAGCAACAGGAAACAAUGCCCAAAGGAGAAAAAGAUUGACCUUCUUUGGUGUCAAAAGAUUAUUAUUCCAGACAGAACGAUCCAUGGAGUCAAUGGGAAAAAGCGAGGGCAAGCCAAACUCCAUCCAACGAAUCCGCAACAUGUCGACACAGUUUGUUUCCUUAUAAACACAAUUUGGCGCGGCACAUCCAAACGGCACACUUCCUGUAACGGUCACAUGAUUUUUUUUGUGUGGAUUUUUUGGAUUUUUGAUUGUAUUUUAUU